AUGGGCUGCUGUUUCUCCAACUCCUCUGAUGAACGUUUCGAUGUUCAGAAUCCGAUUAUUAAUGAGAGAACGCCUUUAAUGGUGGAUUCAUCGGCAGUUCCAUCACGUCCUGUAUUUAGUAAUGACUUUGCGCCCAACGAAUCUUUAACGUCGCCCAAAGAGAAUGACGAAAAGGGUGCUGUAAAUAAAAUAUUACAUGAAGUUUCACGAAAUGUGAUAGAUAUCGCAAAUAUGGAAUCAGGAGGUAUCGAGCAGAUAAAAUAUUCAGAACGGGAGAAAGUAUAUAGCUCAAAAGUAGCGGUGCUUGCUAUCAAGCCAACUAGCAGUGCUAGAAAUGAUAUUUUAAGUAUUGAUAGUGUAUCUGUGGUCAACGUGCUAAGCGAAAAAACUACUAAUGAUAGAAAAAUGAUUACCGAUAAUAUAAAGCAAGUAGCUUCGGCCUUUUCUUCGAUGGGAAUUAAAAGUACUAAGCCAUUAGUUGUACAAUUUGACUCAGUUCCUUAG